AUGGGAGAUGAAAACCCCAGGAUUAUGUACGGUGUGAUCAUCACCGUUUACGUUGAUCGUGAAGCGACGACCGUCCGAUCGUUUCGAAGGAGACAGAAGAACGAAUGGGAGAGUUUCGUUGAGCGGACGUGGAAGCGCGAGAUCGGAAAGAUACGUGGAUAUGAUCGGAGAGCGAGUCUGUUAGCAUAUCUUCGUCAGAUGAGAGCCGAGAGUCUCGCCGGCGAAUCAAAACGCGACGACGGAGAGAGUGAUGACAAAUCCGAGCAGCCGAAACCGAAGAAAAAGAAAAGAAGGUGGUACAGAAAAAUGAAGAGUAAGUUCCGAUUACCGUUUCUCCGGGCAUUUCGUCGGAAAAACAGGACGUGGAGGUAUCGCCAUUUCGUUCCAGAUGAAGAAGGAGAAGCAAAGAGCAAAGCUCACAAUUCAGAUAUUUGGAAAAAGCUCAAACAUAUGGUUGGAGGCUUAUCACGCGGCUGUGUAGGAAGUAGAAGAAGAGACUCGUGA